AUGGGAAGUGGAGCAGGUAAAUAGCUUACAAUUCCAGUUGUUUAUGCAGAAUCAUCGCAUUAUCUUCAUGCUAAUUUAAAAACGACAAAUAAAUAGAAAUUAAAAAUAUCAGAUCCUUAUACUAAACUUCAAUAAGGCUAUCACACUAUUCCCUUGGUUAUGAGGAAGGAGGACAAUCAAGAUGGGAUUAAGGUUAUUCAUGGCGUAGUAGGAUUGAAAAAUUUGGGUAACACAUGCUAUUUCAACUGCGCAAUUCAUUGUUUAAGUCAUACGUAGCCUUUACUUGAUUAUAUGUUAUCGAGAGUUUUUGAAAAGGAAAUCAACAAGAUUAGCAAACUAGGAUCAAGAGGGUAGGUGACUGAAUGCUUUGCUUAAUUAUUGAGUGAUAUUUGGAAGGAUGAAAGAAGUAUUGGAAUGAGCAUAAAUUAAAUGAGUUUGAGUAUGGACAUGCAAAAGAAAUAAAAAUAAUAUGAGAAUUGGGUAGAUCCUUUGCGAAAUACUCGAAGAGAUUUGAAAUCGGAUGUAAACUAUUAACACAUUUAAUUAGAGUAGGAGGAUUGUCAAGAGUUGUUGAGUUAUUUAUUAGAUAUGAUUCAUGAAGAUUUGAAUAGAUGUAAGAAGAAGGAGAUAAUUAAAGAGAAGGAUUACAUAGGUGAGCCAAGAGAAGAAUGGGCUGCUGAAUCUUGGGGUGAACAUCUAAAAAUCAAUAAGAGUAUUGUGGUUGAUUUGUUUUAGGGAUAAUUGAAGUCUAAAGUUGAAUGUAAAACAUGCAAUUAUCAGAGUCAUAAAUGGGAACCGUUCCUAUUUCUAAAUUUACCUAUUAAAUAAUAACAAUAAUAAUAACAAUAACAAUAACAAAAAUAAUAAUCAUUUUAAUCUAAAUCACUUGGGAACUCCUAACUGAAGCAAGAAACAAUUUGCUAUUUAACAGAAUGCUUGGAUUAAUUUUAAUAGGAAGAAACCAUACAGUGGAAAUGUCCAUAAUGUAAAGAAACAAGAGACUGUAAAAAAGGGAUUCGAAUAUGGAAAUUACCAAAUAUUUUAAUUAUUCAUCUUAAGAGAUUUGAGUUUGGAUCUAAAUAGACAGGUAAGAUCACUUAAAAGGUGAAUUUUCCAAUAAAUGAUUUAAAUAUGUCUCCUUAUUGUAAUGAAUAGGAUAACACAAUUUAUAAUUUGUAUGCAGUUGCAUAGCAUCAUGGCUCUUUAUAAUAUGGCCAUUACAUUUCUAUUUGCAAACAUAGGGUUGAUAAUUAAUGGUACAUGUACAAUGAUGAUGCAGUUUUUAAGAUACAAGAGCUAGAAAAGGCUAUCGUUAAUGAAUAUGCUUAUGUUUUGUUUUAUUAAAAAUAAACAGAUAACAUUUUCAGGUAAACCACUACUGAUCCCAGCUGUUGGCCUCACAACUAAAGUGCUAAAAAAUAACAAAAUGAUGUUCCGCCAAAGGAUUCAUCUAAAUUGUAGACUAUGACAUUAAUGGAUUACCAAGAUACCGAACAGAAAGGCUAAUUGGACGAUAAUAGUCCUCACAAUAUUUUAAACAAUUCAGUGAAAAUUGAACCCAUAAAUGGAUAGAGAAGGCUCUUUCCUCAUACUAAUUCUCGAGAAUAAAAUAGCAGAUGCUAACAAGUAUACAGAAAAUCGAGACCUUCUGUUGAUCAUCAUAGUAAUAAUGAAUAAUUAACAUCCAUUACCAAACUAGAAGAAGAGUCGUGUUAAAUAUAAUAUAAUAACCCACAAAUAGGGAUAGAUAGGAAAGUCUAAGACAAGUUCAAGUUAUGCUAGUUAAGAGCCAAAGGUUCUCGUAAAUGA